AUGUCCAAGUUUGAUAAUUUCUGGGCUAAAAUUCUAGCCUCAUCUCCUGCUCACGAGUCCUCCAACUGUCCAAUGUGUCGUAAAAAAAUGAAAAUGAAGAGAAGCAAAUCAUUAUCUCCAGAACCAUCAAGCAGUCGUGACGCUAAAAUUCCUCGGCUGUCAAACGACUCGGCGUUUGAUGAAUUUCAGGGUGAUUACAAAACAAAGCUGUUGGAUUUUUCUGAUGAUGUAUUGCUUAAUAUAUUUAAAUAUAUAUCGCCGCAAGAUCUUUUUGCUUUGAGCUCGUGCUGCCAUCGACUGAACCAAGUUUGCCGGGAUCGUACCCUCUGGAAGGUUGUAAAUUUUAAAUCUCGUCAAUUGAAAAAAAAUGAGUUAAUCAAAAUACUCGGAUUUUUAAAACCAAACACUGAGAGUAUUAUUAUUAAUGGACGAGUUGAGUUUACAAUUAAUAAGGAUAAGUACAGAGACGAUCAUGAGAGCGACAAACAUCAAGGAAUCUCCAAUGGUGAGUGUAAGGCGGCGAGUACAUCAAACGGGUACGUAAGAGACGUGGGAACUUCUAGUGGCUCAAAAGAUCAAGCAUCCUGUAGUAACAUUAAAGAGAGAAUAGUUAUUUUAGAAGAGCUCAAGAACAAUUUCCUGACUAAAAUUGGAGAAAUUUGCACAAGUUUGAAGGAACUUGUUAUUGAAGAGUUUACUAUUGUCAACAAUGACAUAAAAAUCACAGAUUUUCCAUCGACACUCGAGAAAUUAGCAUUAAAAGGAUGCAAGGUCUGCAAUGUAAAUCCUCAACAGUCUUAUUUUUCAAAAUUGCACCAGCACAUGCCCAAUUUAACAACCCUAAUAGUGACAGACUGUCAGUGGUUGAGAAGCCACUCAUUAAUGGUAAUAAGCAAGAUACCCAAACUAAAGGAACUGAGGAUAAGCUCGUGUAAGUACGUGGGCGACUGUGUGGCUUACAUGAGUCUCGCGACACGCUUUGGGUUCAAGUCACUGGAGAUAUUAGACCUGUGUCACACGAACGUGGGAGACUCUGAAGUCAGCUGCUUCUUCCAGUACACGACGACCUUGACUGAACUUUAUCUAGACUACUCGCCGAUUGACUUGAAGCCAAAAAGCGACAUUCACAGCUUUAUCGCACUUAAUCCGCCGGUUUAUGAAGACAAUCAUGUAGCGCAGUAUGUUAUCGACGGCAAUCAGUUUGAUAUGGAUGAUAUGUCGCCUUGUGGUAUUACUGAUCGUUGUAUAUGCUCUAUUGGGUCUUAUCAGAGUCCGCAACCUCCUCAAGAUACUCCACGUGAUAUGCCGGACAUGGAACUAUCCAAAAGUAACAGACGCAAGUUUGAAACACCUUGCAGAGCACAUACACAAUUUAAAAUAUGUAGAUCUGACUGGUACAUCGAUAACGAGACAAGGAGUUGAAAAUUUCAAAUGUCUGAGGCCCAAUGUCAAGUUGAUUUCAUCGAUAUCUGAUGAAUAA